AUGGAGAGGCUCAAGAUGGACAGUCUCAAUAUCAACAUCAACGAUUGGUUCGAGCGAGAUCUUCCCAAGACUCCAGAUUGGAAGCUCUUCGCUCUUGCCAGUCUUGCCUUUGUUGCUCUGCGCUUUACUUGCACUGUCAUCUACCGUCUCUACAUCUCUCCUCUUUCCAAGUUCCCUGGGCCUAAGAUCGCUGCUGCUACUCAUCUCUAUGAGUCAUACUAUGACUUUUGGAAGAAGGGACAGUACUACAAGGUCAUUCAGCGCAUGCACGAAGUCUACGGUCCAAUUGUUCGCGUUACUCCUGAUGAACUGUCCAUCAAUGACCCAGACUUUUACGACACUGUUUAUGUCAAUGGCAACGUCCGUCGUACCGAGUCCUUCGGCCACUCUUUCGGUGGUGGACUUGGUAUCGAAGAUACCUUCUUUGCCUCUCAAGACCAUGACCUCCACCGCAAGCGAAGAAAGCCAAUUGAGCCUUACUUCUCUCGUAACGGUGUGCUGAAGCUGGAACAGCUCAUCAAUGAGCGAGUUGAGAAGCUGUUCAAUAAGUUUCAUGAGCUUUCUGGUACUGGUGUCGUCGCUCGUCUUGACUAUGCCUUUGAGGCUUUCACUGGCGACGUUAUGCAGCACAUUUGCAUCGAAAAGCCUGAGUCGCUACUAAACAGUGAUGACUUUUCUUCUGAGUGGUUCGAGAUGCUUCGAAAUGUUUCUCUGUCGGUACCGCUUAUGGGCAUGAUCCCAUGGCUUGUUCACAUACUCAAGUUCAUCCCCGAGCGUCUCAUUAUUUGGCUCGCCCCAGAAGCCGCCCACUUCCAAAAUUUCCGAAUCCAAGCUGGUCGUCAAAUUGAGCAAGCCAAGCAGGAGAAAUUUGACAAUGAUCGCAAGGGUGUCGCUAUCGUCGGUGGCAAGCCCACUCUCUUCCGCUUCCUCGUUCACGAGAGCGGUCUUGCACCUGAAGAUCUCAGCACUGAAAGACUCCAGAAGGAAGCGAUGGUUCUUCUAGGCGGUGGUACAACCACUACUGCGCGCACGGCUACCAUGACUUGCUUCUGGAUGCUCAGCAUGCCCGAGAAGGGUCAGCGUCUCCGUGAUGAGCUUAAAGACAUCAUGGCUGAGUAUCCCAAGAAGAAGCCUUCUUUAACUGAACUUGAGAAACUUCCUUAUCUGGGAGCUGUUAUCCAGGAGAGCUUGAGAAUGGCGUAUGGAUCCAUGCGACGUCUUCCUCGCACCUCGCCCGAUCAAGCUCUGCAGUUCAAAGAAUGGGUGAUCCCUCCUGGCACUCCCGUUGGCAUGAACGCUUAUUAUCUGCACACUGAUCCCAAUGCUUUCCCUGAGCCAAUGGAGUAUAAACCUGAGCGCUGGCUUGGUGAGGUUACACCUGCCAUGAAGCGCAGUUUCGUCCCUUUCUCUCGAGGUUCGCGACGCUGCCCCGGCUCCAGUUUGGCUCUUGCCGAUCUUCACUUUGUCCUUGCGGCAUUGUUCGGACCAACCGGUCCCAAGUUUGAGCUUUUUGAGUCGGACAGGUCUGACGUGGAUGCUAUUCACGACUAUCUGAUGCCGCUUCCUCGGCUGGACUCUAAGGGUGUCCGGGUCACCGUUCGAUAG